AGGCUUUACGCUGGGCUUUUUUUUUCCCCCCUAUUCCUGGAAAUCACCAAAAAAGUGCGGCUGCUUCGAGAUCUUCUUCGCCUUUUUCUUUUUUUCUUCUCUCUCCCCCCUCUCCUUCCUCCCUUCCCCUCGUCCUUUCCUGGCGAGGGCUGACUUAGGAGCCGGCGAAUCCGCGUUUUUUUCCUCUCUGUCUCUCUCUCUCUCUCCCUCCCUUUUCCCCCUCCCCACCCCCUCCCCAACAGCCCCCAACUACAGCCGCCGUCGCCGCCGCCGCCUCAAAAUUCAAUAAAAUGAGCUCUUAUUUCGUCAACUCACUGUUCUCCAAAUACAAAACCGGGGAGUCCCUGCGCCCCAAUUACUAUGACUGCGGCUUCGCCCAGGACCUGGGCGGCCGACCCACCGUGGUGUACGGUCCGAGCGGCGGCGGCACUUUCCAGCACCCGUCGCAGAUCCAGGACUUCUACCACGGCCCGUCGUCGCUGUCCACGGCGCCCUACCAGCAGAACCCGUGCGCCGUGGCGUGCCACGGGGACCCCGGCAACUUCUACGGCUACGACACGCUGCAGCGGCAGAGCCUGUUUCGCGCGCAGGACCCAGACCUGGUGCAGUACGCAGACUGCAAGCUCGCGGCCGCCAGCGGCCUGGGCGAGGAGGCCGAGGGCUCCGAGCAGAGCCCGUCGCCCACCCAGCUCUUCCCCUGGAUGCGCCCUCAAGCAGCCGCCGGACGCAGGCGAGGCCGCCAGACCUACAGCCGCUACCAGACCCUGGAGCUGGAGAAAGAGUUCCUAUUUAAUCCCUAUCUGACGCGCAAGCGGCGGAUCGAGGUGUCGCAUGCGCUGGGACUGACAGAGAGACAGGUCAAAAUGUUCCAGAACCGGAGGAUGAAGUGGAAAAAAGAGAACAACAAAGACAAGUUCCCCAGCAGCAAAUGCGAGCAGGAGGAGCUGGAGAAGCAGAAGCUGGAGCGAGCCCCGGAGGCGGCCGAUGAGGGCGAGGCGCAGAAAAGCGACAAGAAGUAAAGGGGCUGCAGCUGGGACAGCCAGGGCCCGGGGCCGCCCUCCGCCCGCCCGCCCGCCGGGUGCCCCGGCAGCCGCGUCGCCGUCGCCCGCCCCCAGCCCGAGAGCGAGCGCUCCGGCCCUGCUCGCGGGGCCCCCAAGCUCCGGCCUCCCACCGCAGCGUCCCCGCCGCGCCAGUCCCCGCUAGUGGUAGUAUCUCGUAAUAGCUUCUGUGUGUGAGCUACCGUGGAUUCCUGCCCUUCUCUCGGGGGGGCCGGGGGGCCAAGCAGAAA